CAGCUUGUCUAUUUUUCUUCCUCUUUCUCUCAAUUUUAGCGAUUCAUGGCUACUGGUAUUCCAAUUCAAAGAUUCCCUUGGGCAGAUGAAGCACCCAGUUCAAUUGGGUCAUCCUCAAUUUCAAAUGUACCCAAUAAAAAAUGGCGUAAUUGGUUACCUCUCUUCGUUGCCCUUGUGUUUAUAGCAGAGAUUUCUUUUCUUAGUAAAAUUGACAUGGCUGAAAAAGCCAAUCUUGUUAAUUCUUGGGCUGACUCCUUCUAUCAGUUCACCACGUCUUCUCGGUCCACCACUGAACUGGCUGUUGAUGAGGCGGAAUUGGGUGUUUUGGUUAGUGAGGUUGAUCAGGGUUUAGUACCAGGGGGCUGUGAGGAGUGGUUGGAAAGGGAAGAUUCUGUGGCCUUUUCCAGAGAUUUUGACAAAGAACCAAUUCUUGUUCAUGGCCGUGAACAGACAUUUAACUCCUGUCCGGUGGGAUGUAAGUUUGGAACCAAUUUCGAUAAGAAGUCUGAUGCAGCAUUUCGGCUACCACGACAAGCUGGCAUAGCUAGCGUGCUACAAUCUAUGGAGUCAGCUCAAUACUAUGCUGAGAACAACAUUACUCUGGCACGACGAAGGGGAUAUGAUGUUGUAAUGACAACAAGCCUCUCUUCAGAUGUUCCUGUUGGGUACUUCUCUUGGGCUGAAUAUGAUAUCAUGGCUCCAGUACAACCUAAAACAGAGAAUGCCUUGGCAGCGGCUUUCAUUUCUAAUUGUGGUGCUCGGAACUUCCGCUUGCAAGCUUUAGAAGCCCUUGAAAGGGCAAAUAUCAGAAUUGAUUCUUAUGGAAGUUGUCAUCAUAACAAAGCUGAAAGAGUUGACAAAGUGGAAGCACUGAAGCGCUACAAGUUUAGCUUGGCUUUUGAGAAUUCUAAUGAGGAGGAUUAUGUAACUGAAAAAUUCUUUCAGUCUCUUGUAGCUGGAUCAAUCCCAGUGGUGGUUGGUGCUCCAAACAUCCAAGACUUUGCUCCUUCUCCUACUUCAGUCUUGCACAUUAAAGAGCUAAAAGACGCUGUAUCAGUUGCCAAGACUAUGAAGUACCUUGCUGAAAACCCUGUUGCAUAUAAUGAGUCAUUAAGGUGGAAGUUUGAGGGUCCAUCUGAUGCCUUCAAAGCCCUGGUUGAUAUGGCAGCAGUUCAUUCAUCUUGUCGUUUGUGCAUCUUCUUGGCAACUAGAAUCCGGGAGAAAGAAGAGCGGAGUCCAAAAUUUAUGAAGCGUCCCUGCAAAUGUACCAGAGGGACUGAAACUGUCUAUCAUGUAUAUGUACGUGAAAGGGGGAGGUUUGAGAUGGAUUCCAUUUUCCUAAGGUCAAAUGAUUUAUCAUUGCAGGCCUUUGAAUCUGCUGUGCUUGCAAAAUUCAAGUCUGUUAAACAUGUUCCAGUUUGGAAGGAGGAAAGACCUCAAGUACUUCGUGGUGGAGAUGAACUCAAACUUCACAAAGUAUAUCCUGUUGGCUUGACACAGAGACAGGCAUUAUAUUCCUUCAGAUUCAACGGGGAUACUGAGUUCAAGAAUUACAUCAAAAGUCACCCAUGCGCAAGAUUUGAAGCCAUAUUCGUAUAGCUGAAGUUUGAAGUUUUGCUCGUAACAGAAUUGCAAGCCAUGGUGUAACUCUCUGUUCUUUCCCCGUGCCUUUGUUGUCUACAAAAUUGGUUGUGGAUCUUGCCAUAUGGAUGCAACCAGAGAGUCGGGAAGUUAUUGUUACAAAGGGUGAAUCUGAUAUUUGGUGUAAACUUCUCAUCCUUCACAUUUUCAAGCAUAAGGAAGGCCAGGAAGGAUCAAAUUUUGCCUCCUUUUUUUUUUAAUGGAUAUGCCCAUAAAAUAACAAGUUAUAUACACUGACAACAUAAGGAUUUUUAGUGCGGUGAGCAAUUCACCAAGUUGAUGGUAUAGCUGAGAAUUGUAAGUUUUAGUUCAGACUGCAGGUUAGUGUUACAGGUAUUGACAACGAUACAAACUUUAGCAACGGUUUCAUAAUCAUGAAUAUAAGUUU